GAGUGGGGGUCAGAGAUGUCGGGUAUAUAAGAGGGUGUGUUGUGAAGUGCAGGCAUCAGUCGUUCCUUCACGGCACCACAAGACCUAUACCAAGCCACUCACACAAUGAAGUCACUGUUGUUCCUCCUUGGGCUGGCAGUCAUGGUUGUCUCUGCUACUGCUGCUGCUAGUGGCUAUGGCUAUGGUGGCGGGUAUGGUGGCGGGUAUGGUGGCGGGUAUGGUGGCGGGUAUGGUGGAGGACACGGGGGAGGAUAUGGUGGCGGAAGAGCCUCCAUUAAUUUUAACCUCGGUGGUGGACAUGGCAGUGGUUACGGAAGAAGCUAUGGUGGCGGCUAUGGAGGAGGCUAUGGAGGAGGCUAUGGUGGCGGCUAUGGAGGAGGCUAUGGUGGCGGCUAUGGAGGCGGCUAUGGUGGCGGCUAUGGUUACGGAAAAUAAUAAUGAACUCAUGUCUGACCUAAGAGAUACAAGGACACCAGUUAUAUCCCAUUGUAUAUAAUUAAGAAGAUGAAUAAACUUAAGACCUUCC